GCUGAAAGAGGUGAUAGCAGGUGAUAGACAUAAAGUAUUUACUUUUGAGUUUAAUUUGUUCGGAGUUAUUUCAUAUACAAUCUUUUAACACCUAUGUAUCAUUUCGAAAAAUUUUUCUGAGCUGUUCAUAUUAAUAAACAUUAUCUUGCAGUUUGAAAAUUGAAAUAGUAAAUAUGAAUGAAUUGAAUUGUUUGGAACAUCCUACACUAAAAGUUCCUUAUGAAGUUUUCAAUAAACGUUACCGCAGUGCUCAACGUGUGUUGGAUGUGGAAGCAAGGCAAGUGGCAAGUGUCACUGGGGAAAUUGACACUACCACAAAAAAUCAAACUGUUACCACAGGAGAGAUUGACUCGCUGCUUGGAGGAAUGGUUGAAAAGUUGACAACAAUGAAACGCAAAGCAUCUGAAGCUAUUAAUGAAGAGUUGCAGGCUGCAUAUGUGUGCAAGAAACGCCUAGAACACUUGAAAGAGCAAGCUAGUGCCCUUAACGAGCCGAGUACACCUCAAGUCAGAACUGCGAUGAAUCAGUGGCGUAAAGUUCGCCUCGACCGUAUGUUGGUUGAUUACUUCCUCAGGAACGGUUAUUAUAAAACUGCUAAUAAGUUGGCCGACGCGCGUUCAUUAAGAGACCUUACUAAUGCCGCUUUUACGAUAGGUUCUCGUUUUACACCCACACCCAUACCGUACACAAAAUGUCAGCGCCGAGAAAUAAAAGAGCGGAUACACAGCCCCAGCUUUGAGUUACAAAUAGAGUUUGCCAACAUCCUCGGGCCCAAUAUAUACGCAGCGGCGGCGGAGGUUGAGUCGGAGUUGUGCCAACAGCGCACCGCACGCUGCCUGCAGUGGUGCGCGGACAACAAAUCCAAGCUGAGGAAACUCAACUCCAACAUGGAGUUCAAGAUACGGAUACAGGAAUUCAUCGAAUUAGUUCGCGAUGACAAACGUCUGGAAGCAGUACGAUACGCCAAGAAACACUUCUCCACAUACGAAGAAGGUCAACUCGAAGACAUACAGCACUGCAUGGGAAUGCUCGCGUUCCCGAAGGACACAGAGGUGGAGCCGUACCGUUCGUUGUUGGGUGGGGAUAGGUGGGCGGGGCUCGUGGAACAGUUCCGUUGGGAACACGCGCGUCUGCUGCACCCCGCGCGUCUGCCCGCGCUGCCCAUUGCUCUACAACUGGGCUUAGCGGCACUCAACACGCCAUAUCCUUUGCAUUAUAUUAUCAAUUUACAAAUAAGGCCGUCAGCGCAAAAGGAGGCUAGAUCGUAUAUGUGCACGGGUCAUGUAAAGUCCUUAACGAUCGUCUACAAUCAGUGUUACAAGGAGAGCACGAAGGUAUCAGCGUGUCCGGUGUGCCAGCCGCCGCUGAACACUCUAUCUCGCUCGCUCCCGCACGCGCACUGCUCGCACUCGCGACUCGUGUGUCGUAUCACUAACGAACCGCUCAACGAACAUAACCAACCAAUGGUGUUGCCCAACGGACAGGUCUACGGGGAGAAGGCCAUCAAGGAGAUGGUGAAGCUCGGCUCGAUCGUCUGCCCGAAGACAAAGGAGGUGUUUUCCCUAAAGAGUGUUGAGAAAGUCUAUGUCAUGUGAACCAAACUAUGUAAAUAAUUUUUAAAGUUAAUGUGGACAGAAUACUCUAUUUGAUCACACUUUAUUACAAAUACAACAUACUAAUUUUUAUUUCUAUAAAAAGAUAGUAUCUAAAGGUGUUUUUUAACAAACAGUGAGAUGCUACCGAUAUGUAUAGGUGUACCAGAAUCUUUUUUUCAGAUUUUGAUAUGGCAAUGUUAAAUGUCAACUAUUGACAACUGUCAUGUCCAAGUAUAUAAAUUGUUGAGAAUAUUUGUGAAAAUAUUAAAUUAUUUUGUGAAAAUUCCAAAAAAUAGUCAUUUUUAUCUCAAGCUGGAUAUAUUGUUUUUAAUGUUUAUAGCAAAAUUUGUAAAAAGAAGUCGAAAAUCAACUAUUUUUUGUUUAUGAAUUGACCGUCUUAAAUCAAUUGAUUUUUUCUAAAGAUUGAAAUAAUAAAUAUAGUGCGUUGGUGUGUCGACUACUAAAAUAAAACGAAGUAUUAGUGAAGGAGAAGAUAUGAAUAUAGUUUUCUACGCCGGGAAACAAUAGAAUAGGAAUGGUGAGAAAAAGAAAAUUAAAACAUUUGUUUUAGGUGUGUAAGCGUAAAGGACAGUUGCAAUAUUAGUAGAGAUUAGCAAUAAACAAUACAUAAAGUAUAUCUUCUUUAAUUUGUUCCAGUUAGAUUCCGCGUCAUUUGGGUUGGAUUUUCUCGGCUGGAUCAGGUGUUGUCCAAUCAAAGCAUUAGAUGAUGGUAAUAUUUCACCCAUAUGUAUGUAUGUCAAUAUUUUCCGAGAUCGACAUUCGCUCAGGAGUAGGUAUGUUCAAUGUUAUGAGGCAGUUAUUGAAAAGUCUAAUAAAAUAAAAAUAAUACAAGCAUUUAGACGUCUUAUCCUUUUUCCCCAAUGUUGCCUUGUACAAAUUUAAAUUCCCCAAUUUGCCAUCAGAUUUUGGUACACAUAUACGCAUACCUUUAUAAGAAAUUAAAUAAUUGGAUGUUAUCGAUUGAGAUUUCGAGAGUAGUCGAGUAAAAGCUGUUUAUUAUCUAAUGCUUACCAAUACUGUAUUGGUAAGCUUAUAGAUAUAUCCGAAAGAAAUCAAUUUUAUUUAUAUUAAAUUAACGGACGCUAUUAAUAUAAAGUGGUUAAAAACACUGCAAUAUAACUCACUUUCGCAUAAUUUAUAAACCCCAUUUCAAUAAAUUCUUUCUUGAAAUACAAGUAUAGUAUUUAUAUCGUACCCACUUAAAUAAAGGAGAGCAAUCAUUUGUACAAUUCCAACUUACACGAGUAAGAACAAGACAUGAUAUAAUAUGUGUGAAAGGAUAGAGUAUUUCGUCUUGUGAGAUCUGCCAUUUAAUAAAGAGAAUAGUUUUUUGUAUUUACCUACCACUACUGUGUACCAUUUGUCAUUUUAUUGACUUAUUGUAAAUGAUAUUUAAUGCAAAGAGCGUCUUGAAUUAAGAAAUAAUUAUAUACUUUUAUAUGUCUUGUCGGAGUUUCCUCAUCAUUUUUGAAGUUAAUAUCAGGAGUUGGUAUUAUGUUUGUGAUUUCUAUUUUAUCUUAAGAUGGCACUUAAAAAUCAAUUGUCCCAGACAUCAGCGGCCCUAAUUCUGCUAACGUUAUCGUAAUUAUUGAUAUAGUGUCGAUGGCGUUCCAAUUACAUCUCAGAUACAGUUCAUGUUACUAACCACAAAAUGACAAUAAUCACAUUGUACUUAAUACAUCAACUAAGAUAGACGAUGAAGUGCCAAUAUGCAAUAAUUGAGACCACAUUCAGACGCCAUUGAGAUACCAUUAUAACUUGUUGUAACGUUAACAAACUACAGUAACAACCUGAGAAAUUCCAUCGAAUUUCAGAAGAUUCAUAGUCUUCUUAAAACCACCGGAUUAAUAUGGUCCGAAUAACCGGUUUGUCUCUCGUUUGGUGCAUGAGACAAUUGAAUUUUCAAGUAUUUUUAAGGAGUUUCUACCUAUUUCUAUUGUAUUCAAAAUUUAUAAAUUGUAGACGUAACUUUCCUUUUUAUUUUUUUAUAAUAGGAUAACGUUUUAAAUAUUAUUCUUAGUACUUUGAACAGCUUUGUUAAUUUUAAUUGUAUUUCACACCUGUUUAAUGGUUUAUUGAUACCCUUUUCUAUUUAUCUAUAUCUACAAACCAUAAAUUUAACGCUAUACUAAUAUCUGAAUAGUGUAUCAAAAUUAAGAUCCUUACCCAAGUAGUGUUUAAUUUCAAAUACCAAUGUGCGUCGAACAUUUCGGCUUUCAAUUAUUAAGCUCAUAUGUAUUGUGUGUUAUACAAAUAAACAAUAAUUAUUC